AUGUUGUUUCGUGCAUGCAUAUCUUUGGUGUUUGGCUGGCAUAUUGCUUUUUGUGUCCUUGAUAUUGGUAAAGGUGUUCUUGUCAAGGCCGUUGGUGUUAUUGAUGCGAGUGCAGAUACUGUUUUUGAGGUGGUUUUGAAUCUUGGUCGGCAUCAGAGAUAUGAGUGGGAUACAUUAACAGGCGACUUGGAGCUGGUUGAUUCUUUAAAUGGACACUAUGAUGUUGUCUAUGGGACCUAUGAUCCCAGAUAUUUAACUAGGUGGCAGUCUAAGAGAGACUUUGUCUUCUCAAGGCAAUGGUUCCGUGGACAAGAUGGAACAUAUAGUGAGUGA